AUGAAUCGGGCGGAGCGGUGGCAAAGCCUGCUUGUGCUUGGCUUGUUUGUGUCGCUUACUUGUGUGGUUGCGCUUCCGUUUGUUCCUGGCGGUGGAGCACCGCCAUCACGGACGCGAUUGCCCCAUGUAGAAGUCGUACAACCUGCUGCAGACGAAGGUCACCCGAGAAUCACCGUCUCGCUUCUGGCCGCGGUGGUCGGACUGGUUCUGUCUGCUGCUCCGUUUGUACCUGUCUACGCGCGAGAGGCAUCAGAUGCAGAGAGCGUCGAGGCGGCUUGGGGAUUUGUGAAGCGAAACUAUUUUGACCAAAGCUUCAACAAUCAAGAUUGGGAAGCUGCACAUCAGCAGUACCUCGACCGAGCGAAGAAAGGCCAGCGUGCUGAAACUAUUGUGCGUGAGAUGAUCGCUUCUUUGGGCGACCGCUACAGCCGUGUCAUCGAUGCAGCCACUUUUGAGCAACUGAUGGCCUUUGAUCCACUCGGAGUGGGGCUCGUGCUGGCUCGCAACGACGCCAAGCAGGUCUUUGUAAGCAGCCCGCCUUUUGGCGGUUCUUCUGCCUCGAAGGCUGGCAUCAAACAGGGCGACAUCGUCGACUCAGUCAACGGCAUGAGUUUCAAAGAGAUGUCGCUGCUGGCUGUUUGCGACCGCGUCGCGCAGGAAGAUGCAGCUGAAGUGAAGCUGCAACUUCAUGCGCCUGACAGCCCCGAAGUUCGUGAGGUGAGCUUGCAAAGGCCAAGACAGGCGAAACCACUGAACCAGGUGGAGUCAGGAGUGCUGACGGCAAGAAACGACCACAAGAUUGGGUACUUCCGACUCCGAAACGUGGGAGCUCGGAGCGCCGUGGACCUGCGGGCAGCUUUGGCAAAGGUCCGAAGCGAGGGUGCGCAGGAGCUCGUUAUUGAUUUGCGAGGCAACCCAGGCGGAUCCUUUCCAGCCGCAUUGGAGAUUGCUGAGAUUUUCCUGAGACCGGGUGCUAUCGCGGCACAGGUGAAGCUUCCAACCUCGGACAGCAAACCCCUGAGAGUGGGCGAGGAAGCAGGUGCAACGCAAACAUCAACGGAACCACUGGCAGUGCUCGUCGAUGGUGGGAGUGCCAGCGCUAGCGAGGUUUUGGCAGUGGCUUUGCGCGGCAAUUGUCGUGCUCCACUGCUUGGAUCGAAAACUUUUGGGAAGGCGGCUGUUCAAGGCGUGUUCGGACUGCCCAACAAGGAGGCUGUGGCCCUCACUGUAGCACGGUACAGCGGUCCUGAUGGAACCAGAAUCGAAGGUGGGCUAGAUCCGGAUCUGCCGCUGCCGGGCCCUUCGCUGCCCAUGGGCCUCUCGGUGUCGGGGGUGGCAGCCGAGCUGGGCCUCCCGCUGUUGCAAAGCAAUGACUACGCAGCCCUGGAUGUGGCCUCGUCGGCGAAGGCUGCGCUCCGGUCUUGUGGUUCCGAAGGCUGA